AUGGAGAACUGCGACAAUGGCCGCUGCGUCUUCCCCUUGACAAGUUUGCAAAUUGGGGAUUUGCAGUCCUAUCUAUCACACUGGUCCAUUUACCUAGCCCCUGAGAGUAAGAAAUUCUAUAUCUUAGUGGACAACCGGCCAUGGUUGCAAGAUCUCAUCUCCCACCCGGCACACUUAUGGCAAUUGAUGGUCACUAAGUCCAGAAUGUCCCCCUUUGCAAAUACCAGAGGGCAGAAGGAUAAAAGAGAGGCUGAAGAUAUCCAAACUAAAGCAGAACCAAAUUCAAGUAAUUCAGAAGCAGUCAAAAAAUGGUUUUCUCUGGUUGAUGCUGCAACCUCAUCUAGUACAAGCGCCUUAUCACCUGUGAAGAAAUUUAGGAUUUCUUUUUUAAAUAGCAACCUGAAUAGGACGUUAUAUGGCUUCAUUGUAUUUGAAGUUGCAUGGAGUGAUGUUCGUGGUAUAAACUAUUUUAAUGAACUUCAGACAGAUACCACAUUUGCUUUAGAGGCUAAAUUCAUGAGAAGAUGGGAAUUUGAUAGUAUGGCACAAGCAGCUAGAUGUAUAAGUUCAUGGUUCUCUGGAACAGAUGAUGAGAGGAGUACUUUGCUAGAAUAUUUGGACCCUACAAUUGGAGAGGCAUUUUUUGAUGCUGAAGUAAAAUUUUCAAGUACUAGUGUUGCAGAUGGCAAUGAUCCUACUAUUGAUGAUUUAUUAUAUAAUGAUAAUAAAUAUGCUGCUCUCACUCCAAGUAAAAGUUUCCGCAGUAUGCACCCAGAAACCAUAACAACCAGCAAAACUUCAAGUUGUAGACCAUAUAUAGGUAGUGGACUUUAUAAGAGAAGAAAGUCUAUUAGCAACGGGGACAUGUUUUCUGAAGAUUCUUGCAGUAGUACAACUGGAGAACCACAACAUUCUCCGAAGUCCUGCUCAUCUGAGUGUGAGAAUGAUGUAGUUGAAGCUACCAAGCUCAAGGAUAUUUUGAUUUUGUUUCGGUUUAAUGAUCGUGAUCUCCCCUUUAAAUUAAGGGACACUAUUAUGUCUGAUCUGCGGUUGCUUACACUGUUGGAAUGUGGGCUGCCAGCAUGGGUGAUCUUCCUUCAGUCCUACCCAGGACUUUGCCAUAUUUAUCGCCCAUGGAUGUGCCCCCUAGCCAGAUUUUUAUAUGUACUUAUCUCAAUCGUUACUGUCCUUAUAGGAUUUUACGAUCUGUACAAAAAUGUACCACUCGUCAAAGCAACUGCAUCUCAUUUGUUUGGACCCUUCUUUGAUUGGAUAGAAACAUGGGAAAUGAUAUCAAGAAUUAGGUACCUGGGGACAAUGUUAUUUCUUCACAAUUUUCAGAAGGCACUUAAGUGUUUCCUAUCAGCAACACGUGCUAUUCGGUCAUGUUUGUCAUUUGUCACACAGCCAUUUGCAGGACCAUUUUUUGAGUUAAUGGAAUUAUUCCUUCCUCUCUGGAGCUUGUGUGCACAGUUAGCAGAGAGUUUAUUUUCAAUAAUAUGGUUAAUUUUGGAGACUUCUUGGAAUCUGGCAGGAGACUUUAUUGAGAUUCUGCUAUUGCCAUUGUGGUGUCUCCUUUCAGUUUUCAUGAGAAUUGUGACAUCUGUAUUAUACCCUAUAUUUUGGAUAUUCUGGGGAACACUCUAUACUCCCAUUCGCUUGGUCAUGGGUUGCUCUGGUGUUAUUGCCCGUGUAUUCAGCGCUAUAUCUGAAGUGAUUCAUGACACGUGGGAAUUUUCAAGUGGCAUUCUCCGACUCACUUCAGAGGUGGAGUCAACAGUAACUGCAGCUGAGGUUUCCAUGUGGCGUGCUCUUUGGAAUGACCUUUUCUCCCAGGUUUUCCGUGCUCUUCGAAGCAUACUUAAUGGUUUUGUUGCCUUCUUCACGGCCUGCAACAGGCAUAGCCUAAGUAUAUAUAAUCAUACAAAAGAGUUCAUUCAAAAGCAAUUUCAACCCGCUGAGAGGGGACAGCUUACAGUCUACACUGGCAGUGAACAACUAUCAGUAAUACAGAAGAAGCUGAAAAUCGCAAAAAAGGGGAGCGGGGGAUGGGAAGGUGGUAAGAUGUCAAUAAGUAGACAAGGCAAGCAAGCUUAG